AUGAAAGAUGAUGUAAAGCAAUCAGUUGAAGAGUCUUUUAGAGUUGAAUACUUCCUUUUUAUAAUUGAUCAAACUAUACCUUCUCUAAAGACUCGAUUUGAACAAUUUAACGAUUAUGGUUGCAUUUGUAGGAAAAAGUUUCUUCAAAUUGAAGUUGAUCAAGAUUUAUCUUCGAUCAACUAUGUCACAAGAAAGAUUGAAUGGAUUCACUAUGUUAUCAAUUGA